CAUUCUUGAGCGGAUGCUGCACCUGUCCGUGUCUUCCGUUGGCCCCCCGGGCCCCCACCGUGAACCUAAACAAAAAAACCGACUUCUUUUACCUACCUGGUCCCCCUACCUAUCAAGCGCGCUCAGUACCAGUGUGUGCCGCGAAACUUCACGAUUUUAACACUAUGAAAAUCGCUGUGUUUUUGCUUGUGGGCAUUUCUUCUACACUCAUCGUCCUGUCGUCUGCCCAUCCUGGUCGGUCACAUGACGAUGAGAAGCAUUCGGAGCAUCAUUCGCAGGAGUCGGGAUCGAAAAAAGGCGGAAAACAUGUGGCAGGUGAUACCUAUGAAGAAGGUGGCGGUGGCGACUCUUCCUACCACUCGGGCAAACAUGACCGAGAAUCGGGAAGAUACGGUUCGGAUGGAAACGAAUCGCAUGGGGUGGAAGAUGAAGAACAGGCCGGGAAGAACCACAAGCAUUAUCAUGCUGACAAGCAUGAAUCGUUCCACAAGAGCGGCGGAGAGAGCGCGCAUGGAGCGAAGUAUGAAGAAGCCUCCAACCGGCACAAGGGCAACUACAAGAAGGGCUACAAGGACAAGUUUCACAAGGAUGAGCUGAUGCGGCACAACAGCUUUUUCAACAAAGGCGAGAAGACCGGGAGUUACGAGAUCUUCGGCAAGAAGGGCACCAAGUUUGAUAAGCAGUCGGUUUCGAAAAAGUCCGGCGGAACUAAAAAGAAUGUUAAAUCGGAAAAGAAGCAUGGAAAGAGCGACCAAAAGCAUAGAGGUCAUAACCGAGGGGAUAGGAAGGGAUACAAGAGCGCCAAAUCCACUAAACAUCACUAUUCCAACGGUGAUAGCUAUGGGAAAAAGGGGGCCAAAAAGGGCGGAAAGCACUACCAAUACUUUCACUAACCUCGAGCAAUUGGGAGCCAAAAAAUUCUUAUCUUUCGCUUUAGCAUUCCCCAGGUUCCAGACCAGUUGUUUUCUGUUGUAUAAGUGUUUGCUUCAAAAUUGUUUUUACCCGGCUAAAGUAAGUUGUAAAAACUAAGUUACGAAAGCAGAGUGAGAAGAGUCUACUUAUAUAUUUAUUACAUAUUAUUAUUAUUACUGUAAACCGAUGUAUUUUAGCUUUAAUCUGACAACGAACGACUAUUCAGAUUG